ACGAGAGCCCCGCGCCGCCCGCAGCCGCCACCACCACCUCUGGUCUGGGACCCCUUUCCGCUUCUCUCGGCUCCAGCGAUGGGAAAAGUUGGCGCCGGCGGCGUCUUCUCAGCCGGCCUGAGCGCGCUCCUCGCCGGCGCGGGGCUCUUGGUCUUCUGCGCCCCGGGCGCCUGCCGCGGCGGCUCCUGCUGCCCCCCGCCGCACCCCAGCCCUGCCGGACGCUGGUCCACGACCCCUGGACGGUUUUAUCCCCCGGGACGGCCGGGCAGGGCUCCUGCCACGCCCCUGCCCUUCCUUGCGCGCCCCCUGUUUGCAGUGGCCCCCGGAGACCGAGCGCUGUCUGUGGAGCGGGCCCGGGGCAGCGGGGCUCCCGUGGCCGUGGCCGCACGCUCCGGCCGAAGGCGACGGAGCGGAGCGGAUCCGGAGAAGGCGGAAGGCGGAGAGGGCGCGAGCAGGAACGCCCGGGGAGCGCUGAGGGAUGCGGGGCAGCAGGAGCCUGGGACUCGGGAGCGGGACCCGGACAAAGCCACCCGUUUCCGGAUGGAGGAGCUGAGACUGACCAGCACCACGUUUGCGCUGACGGGCGACUCGGCACACAACCAAGCCAUGGUCCACUGGUCUGGCCACAACAGCAGCGUGAUUCUCAUUUUGACAAAGCUCUAUGACUAUAACCUGGGGAGCAUCACUGAGAGCUCGCUGUGGAGGUCAACUGAUUAUGGGACAACCUAUGAGAAGCUAAAUGAUAAAGUUGGUUUGAAAACAAUUUUGAGCUAUCUCUAUGUGUGCCCUACCAACAAGCGUAAGAUUAUGUUACUGACAGACCCAGAGAUUGAAAGCAGUUUAUUGAUAAGCUCAGAUGAGGGUGCAACCUAUCAAAAGUAUCGGCUGAACUUCUACAUCCAGAGCCUGCUCUUCCACCCAAAGCAAGAAGACUGGAUUCUGGCCUACAGUCAAGACCAAAAGUUGUACAGCUCUGCUGAAUUUGGGAGAAGAUGGCAGCUUAUCCAGGAAGGAGUUGUACCCAACAGGUUUUACUGGUCUGUGAUGGCGUCAAACAAGGAGCCAGACCUCAUCCAUCUUGAGGCCCGAACUGUGGAUGGUCACUCUCAGUACCUGACUUGCCGGAUGCAGAACUGCACAGACUCCAACAGAAACAAGCCCUUCCCUGGGUUCAUUGACCCAGACUCUCUGAUUGUGCAGGAUGAGUACGUGUUUGUUCAGCUAACAUCAGGAGGAAGACCGCACUACUAUGUAUCCUACCGAAGAAACGCCUUUGCCCAAAUGAAGCUUCCAAAAUAUGCCCUGCCCAAGGACAUGCAUGUCAUCAGCACAGAUGAGAACCAAGUGUUUGCAGCGGUUCAAGAGUGGAACCAGAAUGACACGUACAACCUCUACAUCUCAGACACCCGGGGGGUCUACUUCACCCUGGCCUUGGAGAACGUGCAGAGCAGCCGAGGCCCUGAGGGCAAUGUCAUGAUCGACCUCUAUGAGGUAGCAGGGAUAAAGGGAAUGUUCUUGGCUAACAAGAAGAUUGACAACCAAGUGAAGACUUUCAUCACGUAUAACAAAGGCAGAGACUGGCGAUUGCUGCAGGCCCCAGACUCCGACCUCAGGGGGGACCCUGUGCACUGCUUGCUGCCAUACUGCUCCUUACACCUGCACCUGAAGGUCUCUGAGAAUCCCUAUACGUCGGGGAUUAUCGCCAGCAGAGACACGGCUCCAAGCAUCAUAGUGGCAUCAGGGAAUAUAGGCUCUGAAUUGUCAGACAGUGAUAUCAGCAUGUUUGUCUCUUCAGAUGCAGGGAACACUUGGAGACAGAUUUUUGAAGAAGAACACAGUGUUUUGUACCUGGAUCAAGGAGGUGUCCUGGUUGCUAUGAAACACACAUCUCUCCCAAUCCGACAUCUUUGGUUGAGUUUUGAUGAAGGGAGGUCCUGGAACAAAUAUAGUUUCACAUCAAUUCCACUUUUUGUGGACGGGGUUCUUGGUGAGCCCGGGGAAGAGACUCUGAUCAUGACAGUGUUUGGACACUUCAGCCACCGCUCCGAAUGGCAGUUGGUCAAGGUGGACUACAAGUCCAUUUUCGAUAGAAGAUGUGCCGAGGAAGACUACAGACCCUGGCAGUUGCACAGCCAGGGGGAAGCAUGCAUAAUGGGAGCAAAAAGGAUAUACAAGAAGCGAAAAUCGGAACGGAAGUGUAUGCAAGGGAAGUACGCGGGGGCGAUGGAGUCUGAGCCCUGCGUCUGCACCGAGGCAGAUUUUGACUGUGACUAUGGCUAUGAGCGACACAGCAAUGGGCAGUGCCUGCCAGCCUUCUGGUUCAAUCCAUCGUCUCUGUCGAAGGACUGCAGCGUGGGGAAGAGUUAUCUCAACAGUACCGGGUACAGAAAGGUGGUUUCUAAUAACUGCACUGAUGGGGUGAGAGAACAGUACACUGCCAAGCCACAGAAGUGCCCCGGAAAGGCCCCCCGGGGACUGCGGAUCAUCACUGCUGAUGGGAAGCUGACAGCCGAACAAGGACAUAACGUCACUCUCAUGGUGCAACUGGAGGAGGGCGAUGUGCAGCGGACAUUCAUCCAGGUGGACUUCGGUGAUGGGAUUGCAGUGUCCUAUGUCAACCUGAGCUCCAUGGAAGAUGGAAUCAAACACGUCUAUCAGAAUGUGGGCAUUUUCCGAGUGACCGUGCAGGUGGACAACAGUCUGGGGUCUGACAGCGCCGUCCUGUACUUACAUGUAACUUGUCCCUUGGAGCACGUGCACCUGUCUCUUCCUUUUGUCACCACAAAGAACAAAGAGGUCAACGCGACAGCAGUGCUGUGGCCCAGCCAAGUGGGCACCCUUACUUACGUGUGGUGGUAUGGAAACAACACGGAGCCUCUAAUCACCUUGGAGGGAAGUAUAUCAUUCAAGUUCACUUCAGAAGGCAUGAAUACCAUCACAGUGCAGGUCUCAGCUGGGAAUGCCAUCUUGCAGGACACAAAGACCAUCGCCGUGUAUGAGGAAUUCCGGUCUCUGAGAUUGUCGUUUUCUCCAAACUUGGAUGACUACAACCCUGACAUCCCCGAAUGGAGGAGGGACAUCAGCCGAGUCAUCAAAAGAUCGCUGGUGGAAGCGACAGGGGUUCCAAGCCAGCACAUCUUGGUGGCGGUGCUCCCUGGCUUACCCACUGCUGCGGAGCUCUUUGUCUUACCACAUCAGGAUCCAACGGGAGAGAGCAGGAGGUCGUCUGAGGAGCUGGAGCAGGUGUCAGAAAUCCUGAUCCACAAGCUCAACCAGAAUUCGGUGCACUUUGAGUUGAAGCCUGGGGUCCAAGUCCUUGUUCAUGCCGCUCACUUGACAGCAGCGCCACUGGUGGACCUCACUCCAGCCCACAGUGGAUCUGCCAUGCUGAUGCUGCUCUCAGUGGUGUUUGUGGGGCUGGCCGUGUUUGUCAUCUACAAGUUUAAAAGGAAGAUCCCGGGGAUUAAUGUAUAUGCCCAGAUGCAGAAUGAGAAAGAACAAGAGAUGGUCAGUCCAGUCAGUCACACUGAAAGCAGGCCCGGUAUCCCUCCGCCUGAACUAAGGAGGCCUGGCCAGCUUAUAGAUGACAAGGUGGAAUCACAGCUCAUAGGAGAGUAGCUUUGCCCUCCCCUCCCUCCCCUUCUACUCAACCUGGUGACUCAUCUCUCCGAUUGCAAAGAGCAAGACACGCCACUCCACCUUCAACGCCAAAGCGGGGAUCAGCUGGGGCACAAUUUGCAAUUUAAGGAAAACCCCCUCCCCAAGGCUCCAGGACACCUGCUGAUCAGGAAAGAAUUUCGCUCUUGUCAAGUGCAUCAGCCUUCAUGACCACUAACUUUGUUUUCUCUUUCUUUCCUUUGUUGUUCUGUUUCCUAUUUUGCCAGGAAGUAUUUCAAUAGUUGCUGAGAAUCAAAGCACAAAAGAAAUCCCUACCUAUGUAAAUGUUUGACUGGAGGACGCCAGUAAACAAACAAAACAAUACAAA